AGUGUGGCCAGUUGUAUUUUGAAAAUGCUGCUGUCUCUGGUCGUGCACACUUACUCGUUGCGGUACUGGCUUCCAGCAGCGGUGAUGCUGGGCACCGCUCCUGCUUAUUUACUGUCCUGGAGCGUCUGGCGUCUGCUGUCCACUGUGCUGCCGUCCAGACUUUAUCACUCUGUGGAUGACCGUGUGUAUUCAGUGUAUCAGAGUAUGGUCCUGUUCUUCUUUGAGAACUACACGGGAGUGGAGAUUGUCAUUUAUGGGAACAUACCAAAGAAGAAGGAGAAUGUGGUUUACGUUUCAAACCAUCAAUCAACAGCUGAUUGGAUUAUUGCUGACAUGUUAGCCAUCCGACAAAAUGCACUUGGACACGUAAGAUACGUCCUGAAAGAUGGUCUGAAGUGGCUUCCUUUGUAUGGAUGGUAUUUCUCACAGCAUGGAGGUGUGUAUGUGAAGAGAAGUGCCAACUUUGAUGAGAAAGCCAUGAAAAAGAAAUUAUCAUCUCAGACCAUACUGGGUACACCUAUGUAUCUUGUCAUCUUUCCAGAGGGAACCCGCUACAACCCUGAGCUCCAGAAAAUUAUCAAUGACAGUCAGGCUUUUGCUGCUAAAGAAGAACUUGCUGUGCUGCAGCACGUUUUAACACCAAGAAUGAAAGCAUCACAUGUUGCCAUUGAGACUAUGAAGGAACACCUGGAUGCUGUCUAUGACAUAACUGUUGCAUAUGAGGGAACACUCACAGCAGACGGCCAGAGACAUCCAGCUCCUACAAUGCCAGAGUUCCUGUGCCAGGAAUGCCCCAGGGUACACAUCCACUUCAACCGCUUGGACAUGAGGGAAAUUCCUGCAGAGUCAGAGUUCUUCCGCAGAUGGCUGCAUGAAAGAUUUGAAAUCAAGGACAAGCUUCUGACUGCUUUCUAUGAUUCUGAAGACCCUGAGAAAAAGUGCAGGUUCCCUGGAGAAAGCCAAAAGUCACAUCUUAGUCUUACAAAGACAUUGCCUUCUCUGCUGAUUUUGGGUGGCCUCACUUUGCCAAUGCUGUUAACAGAGUCAGGUAGAAAACUCUAUCUCAAUACCUGGCUCUAUGGGACUCUGAUUGGAUGGGUGUGGGUAAGUGUAAGUCCAUAAACUAGCCAUACUGAG